CUCCCUCUCUUCCACUCCUUUCCCCUCCCUCCCCUAUCCCUCCCUCUUUCUCUCUCUUCCUCUCUCUGUCUCAGCAGAGUAAGGCUCAGUGUGAAAAUGCCAUCGUGCUCUCCUGACUGUUGCCUCUUUCAGGCUGUAGAGACUAAGUCCUGGACCUAAAAGACCAGUGUGGAGAAUCUCUAUUGAUCAGGAAUAGGCUUGAUCUGUGUCCAGGAAACCAACCCUGUUUCAUUAACAUUUCAACUCACUCAAAAUGAGUCCGGAUUAUUAUGGCAUGAUCAUCAAGGUGUACAGUGAAGAUGGCGCAGGGAAUGUGGUGGAGGUGCCAGCUGAUAUGAGGGCCAGAGACGUGUGCCAGUUCCUGGUCUAUAGGAGCCACUGUCUGGACGACAACAGCUGGAGCCUGGUGGAGCAUCACCCACUGCUGGGCCUCGAGCGUUGUCUGGAGGACCAUGAGUUGGUGGUUCAGGUUCAAGCCUCUAUGCCCAGUGACAGUAAAUUCCUCUUCAGGAAGAACUAUGACAAGUAUGAGUUCUUCAGGAAUCCCUUGAACUUCUUCCCGGAGCAGAUGGUGGCGUGGUGUCAGGAAUCUAACGGCUCCAUCCCCCACUCACAGCUCUUACAGAACUUCCUAAACUCCAGCAGCUGUCCGGAGGUGCAUGGGUUCCUCUAUCUGAAGGCAUCAGGGAGGAAAUCCUGGAAGAGACUCUCCAUGUUCCUCAGACGCUCUGGACUUUACUACUCCACUAAAGGAUCGUCCAAGGAGCCCAGACACCUCCAGUUGUUGUCAGACCUGGAGGACAGUAGUGUGUUCACAGUGACAACAGGGAGGAAGCUGCACAACGCCCCCACAGACUACACGUUCUGUAUCAAGCCCAGUAAGGUGAGGAGUGAGUGCAAGGAGCUGAGGAUGCUGUGUGCCGAAGAUGAACAGAGCAGAACCUGCUGGAUGACUGCCUUCAGACUCUUAAAGUAUGGAAUAUUACUGGAUCAGAACUACAAGAGUCCCCAGCAAAGGAUGUCUCCGGUCCCACAUUUCUCUACUCCUGUGAGGAGUGUGUCUGAGAACUCUCUGGUGGCCAUGGACUUCUCUGGCAGGACGGGACGCGUCAUAGAGAACCCUCUGGAAGCAGUGAGCGCCGCUGUGGAGGAGGGACAGACAUGGAGGAAACGGGGUCAGCGUAUGAAGGCUCUUGGCAGCCCCAGCCCCCUCCAGCCCUCUUCUCUCAGCUCAGUGAUCCACAGAACACAGCUAUGGUUCCGUGGUCGCAUCAGGAGAGAAGAGUCCCACAAGAUGAUCAUGCAACAAGGACAAGUAGACGGGUUGUUCCUGCUGAGAGAGUGUCAGAGUAACCCCAAGGCGUUUGUCCUGACCCUGUGCCACCACCAGAAGAUCAGACACUUCCAGAUCCUACCGUGUGAGGAGGAAGGUCAGAUGUCCUUCAGUCUGGACGACGGCUCCACCAAGUUCACAGACCUGAUCCACCUUGUGGAGUUCUACCAGCUCAACAGAGGGGUGCUGCCCUGCAAACUCAAACACCCCUGCACUGUUGUGGCCUUGUGACCCUUCACCCCUGACCUCUGACCCCUGAACCAUGAUCUCUGCCCCCUGGUCUCACUACACCACCCUCUGUCUGCAGUUAAAUUCUCUACCCCUCGUUCGCUCGUUCGUCAUGGAUUUAAAGGGAAGGAAGGAAGCUGAUGGCAUAUGCUUAGUUACAUCAAUCCAAAGCUUUUUAAAAUGAGUGGGAGUAAGCAAGUCCACAUUUUAGAGAGAGGGGUGGGGUAUUCAAACCUUGCCACACACAAGGACAGACAGACAAACAUAUGUGGUGAACUAUCGUGUUCUAUGGAUAUCUAUGGAUCCAACCAAGCCCGUUUCCUUCUCCUUCAUCCACCUCAGAUAGACAGACGGACAGGGGGCUGGGCUCCCCUCACUUCCUUAAUGAUCAUCAGGGAUAGACAUGGAUCGAAUCGAUCACAACAAUUGACAAUAUCUCAAAUCAAUAUGUGCAGUACAGUCUUUAUAAGCUGAUCACCUGACGCUUCAUGCUACCUGGGGAGCUGAUGUUGCCUGGGAGGCAUCCUACUCUUCCUCUGCUAUACUUACUGGACCAACCAUCCAACUAACUCACCGAGACUUUAUACAGGGCCCUAGGAGGAGAAAAAGAAAACCCCAAAAAGAAAACUCCUUUCAAACAAACGGCCAAGACGUUUGUUUGAAAGGGCAGAUGAAUGUUUGAGUUGGGGACUUCCCUGUCAGAGCUGAUGACAUUGUAUUACUGUUGUAGAACUAUUUGCACUUCUGAACAGACAGCCGACAGUUCUCUUCUGAGUUGGAUGAAGCUGAACGCUCCUUCUCAACCUCCUCUUCCUCCUUUCUUUCUUCUCCUCUUGUCCUUCUCCUCUUUCUACUCCUACUCCUCUUUUCUGCGUGAAAAAUCCCAGCCUACUGAUUGGAUUAGCAUUGUGUUGGACAGGACUGAGAGGCGUGGCUGAGCGUGCCCUUGCCAUGCUAUUGAGAAAGGUGACAGCUAGGCGGCUCCGCUCCUGAAAUCCUCACCAACCUUUUCAUUCCUACUCCGUUCGGCUCCAUCUGAUCCCAUCAGAACAUUUAGAAACCCAUUACCAUUCCCUGGAAUCAGACGGAAAGUUCAGAGUGUUGAUAACGGGACAGAGGGAAGAGGAGGAGAAGUCUCACAUAGGUCCCCGGAAAACCUGCCCCCUGCACUGUCACUUGAAACUGUCAAGAGUUAAAACUGGAGUCUUUCAGGCUAUGUUCCAAUGUCCACACUAAUAUUGCUCUUAGAACAUAUGUUCAAGACCUUGUUACACUCUUAGUAGUGUGCUAGUGUAACAGUAUAACUUUAGACCGUCCCCUCGCCCAUACCCAGGCGCGAACCAGGGACCCUCUGCACACAUCAACAACAGUCACCCUCGAAGCAUCGUUACCCAUCGCUCCACAAAAGCCGCGGCCCUUGCAGAGCAAGGGGAACUACUACUUCAACGUCUCAGAGCAAGUGACGUCACCGAUUGAAACGCUAUUUAGCGUGCACCGCUAACUAAGCUAGCUGUUUCACAUCCGUUACACUAGUACUGUAUGUGGGUAUUGGAACAGAACCUCAUCACAGCCAGACUGUAUUUUAUUAAUGUCAAUCAGUGUUCAAUCAGUGUUCAAUCACACUUCUCACUGCACAGUCAGCAUGAUGCUGUGUUUAAAUACUAUUUGAAAUCAUUUAAAAUAUACUAUAUGUGCUUGAUUGGGCUUGCCUUGCUUAAUAGACCAAUAGAACUGUCUCAAAACUGCAAACCCUACCCAUCUGGCUAGAGCAAACACCCAAAGCAUUUGAAAGAUUUCAAAUAGUACUUUUAACACAGGUCAGACCAAUAGGUGUGAGAGGACAUUAAUUCUCAGAACACAGGAAACCAUUUAAACCACCCCCCAACAUGUAUUGUAUUUAUCUUGAUUCAAAUAAUGACUUGAGAUGUAGGAUUGGUGGGCAGUGCAGCAGCCCACAGUCUCCUCACCUUAAAGUGGGCAUUGUGAGCUGUGUGUGCGUAUGAAAUCAUGCUAUUAUAAUUUACAUAAUACAUUUCAGAUAGAUGUUCCAAACCCUGGAAACAAGGGUCCAGUAAGAAUGUUUCUGUGAGUAUUGGGACCAGUCCUGUCCCGUUCUGUUUUAUCCUGUCCAGUUAUGUCUUAUCCUGUCUAGUCCCAUCCCGGCCCAGACCAUCCAGUCCUGUCCUUCUCAGUUGCCCUAGCGUGAGACAGCAGAGAUGUUGGCCUAGCAAAAAAUCAUCAAGGAAGAAUAGGAGAAAAUCCCCAAAUCCAGAUCUGCAAAGAUGAUGCAGACAUACCCAAGACUACUCAAAGCUGGGUGUGAAUACUUUCUGAAGGCACUGUAUACAGUAGGUCUCUUGCUUUCUGAAUCUUUGCCUCUUAAUCACUGUGUUAUAAUGCAAUCCUUCACAGAAGGCCAAUCAUAUGUGUAUAAUAUAAAGACAGUAUUGAAUAUCUAUUAGACAGAAUGUGAAACUAUGGACAAAAUGUAGAUCUAACACUGUAUCUAGGUAACAGGGCACUAUGAGUGCGUUCCAAAUGGCACGCUAUUUCCUAUAUAGUGCACAAUAAAGGGAAUAGGGUGCCAUUUGGGACACUGCCUAUGUAUUGGGCUUUAUGCAUUUGCUCAUCACUCUCAAAUGAAGAUUCAUUUGGUCCUUUUUUCAUUAUUUGAUUUAUUGUGUCUAUUGACUCAAUUGUAUAUUUUUCUUAUUUUCAUCAGAAAAUUACCUUUUAUAUAUACAAAUAAUAAUAUACCAGAACAUAUACAGUAUUAAAUUAAGCUAUCAAACUUUUGGCAUGCAUUGAAUUCUAGUAUGUAUAAGCUGACUGGCUCAGAGAAUGUUGAAACAAUCUAAGGACUUUAGAUGUUGUCAAAGUCAGCAAUGCACCUUUUAAAGGCAAUAUCCCAAUGUUCACAGAGAUCGCAUUCACGGUAAAUUCUGUGGAUGUUGGCACAAGGUGAAUUACCUUUAAAAGUAAAGUGCAGGCCUUGAAUCCCAGCCAUUCAGCCUUCCUUACACUCAAUGGUGAGAACAUAUUGCUUACACGUACCUAUCCAGUUCUUCUGAUCUAUGUCUGUGACAGAAAAGGGUAUAAGAAAUUGUCAAGGGCUGGGGACUAGACACUGAAACAGAACCAGCUAGGUGUGUCUCUCUCAUAGGAUUUAUCAAAUAAAAAAUGAAAACAUUUCAGGGUUGGCCCAGCAUUUCUGCCAGUGUGGUGCCAGCGUGGCAAACACUAGCAGAACGUGUUUUAACAUAAAAUGCUAAUAUUUUGUGUUCCAAUUGGAUAUGUUCUUGUAGUAUCUCCUUGUUACACUUUGUUAUGACAUGUUUUUUAAAUGUUUUCUCACUAGCGAACAAAACCCAUCUGCACCACUGAAACCCAUGGGCAGGGAUUCAAACAAAACCCAUCUGCACCACUGAAACCCAUGGGCAGGGAUUCAAACAAAACCCAUCUGCACCACUGAAACCCAUGGGCAGGGAUUCAAACAAAACCCAUCUGCACCACUGAAACCCAUGGGCAGGGAUUCAAACAAAACCCAUCUGCACCACUGAAACCCAUGGGCAGGGAUUCAAACAAAACCCAUCUGCACCACUGAAACCCAUGGGCAGGGAUUCAAACAAAACCCAUCUGCACCACUGAAACCCAUGGGCAGGGAUUCAAACAAAACCCAUCUGCACCACUGAAACCCAUGGGCAGGGAUUCAAACAAAACCCAUCUGCACCACUGAAACCCAUGGGCAGGGAUUCAAACAAAACCCAUCUGCACCACUGAAACCCAUGGGCAGGGAUUCAAACAAAACCCAUCUGCACCACUGAAACCCAUGGGCAGGGAUUCAAACAAAACCCAUCUGCACCACUGAAACCCAUGGGCAGGGAUUCAAACAAAACCCAUCUGCACCACUGAAACCCAUGGGCAGGGAUUCAAACAAAACCCAUCUGCACCACUGAAACCCAUGGGCAGGGAUUCAAACAAAACCCAUCUGCACCACUGAAACCCAUGGGCAGGGAUUCAAACAAAACCCAUCUGCACCACUGAAACCCAUGGGCAGGGAUUCAAACAAAACCCAUCUGCACCACUGAAACCCAUGGGCAGGGAUUCAAACAAAACCCAUCUGCACCACUGAAACCCAUGGGCAGGGAUUCAAACAAAACCCAUCUGCACCACUGAAACCCAUGGGCAGGGAUUCAAACAAAACCCAUCUGCACCACUGAAACCCAUGGGCAGGGAUUCAAACAAAACCCAUCUGCACCACUGAAACCCAUGGGCAGGGAUUCAAACAAAACCCAUCUGCACCACUGAAACCCAUGGGCAGGGAUUCAAACAAAACCCAUCUGCACCACUGAAACCCAUGGGCAGGGAUUCAAACAAAACCCAUCUGCACCACUGAAACCCAUGGGCAGGGAUUCAAACAAAACCCAUCUGCACCACUGAAACCCAUGGGCAGGGAUUCAAACAAAACCCAUCUGCACCACUGAAACCCAUGGGCAGGGAUUCAAACAAAACCCAUCUGCACCACUGAAACCCAUGGGCAGGGAUUCAAACAAAACCCAUCUGUACCACUGAAACCCAUGGGCAGGGAUUCAAACAAAACCCAUCUGCACCACUGAAACCCAUGGGCAAGGAUUCAAACAAAACAUCAUUGAAAUGACCUUUAAAAGUUAAGUGCAGUGCGAUGUCAGCAGUGCAUUGUGGUUUGUUUAACAGAGGUAUCUGUCCACUCUUGCUCCUUUCUCUCUGAGAGCUGAAUGUCAGGAAGACAUCUGAAUCAAUCACAUUGUAUCUCCUGUUCAGGUAUUUUUAUACAAAUAAGGGACUGAUAUAUUCUCUGUUCAUUGGAAAUUAGAAUAAAAGGUGACAUUGC